AUGCAUCGUCAAUUACACCACGAGAGUUCCGAAGAGUUUAACAAACACAAAAGAAUCAUCACUGAGAAGUCUCAUACUAUGCCGCUUCCCGGUCGCUUGGAUAGUUCGUUUAUAAACAAAGAGAAGGGAAUAAAGCUGGCGGCUCGAAACUCAGCUACGCGGUUGUUGGGCAAGUUGAAGGAUCGUAUUUGCCGUUCAAAGAUGUUUGUACAUCAAGAAGAGGGCGCUGAGGCCAGGUUUACUGAUUUGUCUGGACAGAGCGAAUGUACUUCGAAGGCGUUAAAAGAACUAGGGUCAAGUGUGAGCGGCGUUUUGGACUCAUUACGUGAUAAUAAAGAAACAUUUGCGUGUCACCUGUGUUCGUUUGACGCUGAUAGAAUAACAGUUUUGGAUCGUCAUUUACUCAAUGAUCACAAGAUCGGUCUCGAGAAUCUAUUGAAGCUUGUUAUGGCGAAAACAAAAGACGGUUUAUCAGAAGAGAAUCCAGCUCAUAUGUACGGAUUAAGACAACCGUACUACAAACCACCAGAUGAAAUAAUUGAGAGCGACGAAUUUAUAAUAGAAACAGUUACACCAAAGAUUAAAAUACUAAAACAUGCCUUCACUAAUACUGACCUAAAGUGGACAGAUAUACCAGAUCUAUUGGAUUGUAAGACGUCUGAAGAAAAUGACAAAUUUGUGGACGAUCCAGCCGAUAAUGAGUUAUUGGAAAAAAUGCAAACUCUAAAUGAAUGCAUGUACAAAUUCGUAGACUCAUCCAACACGUUGAAGAAGGUUCUGACAAAAGAGUUUCAUCCGAAAUCCGAAAAGAAUGAAUCGUACUUCAAUUUAGGCUUGGGAGAUCAAGACUCGCCGAGAAAUUGGGAGAAGGCUCACAGCGAGAAAUUGGUGAGAAAUCAAGGAAAAUUCCCCGAGAGUAGGUAA